CCAGAAAUCACAACCGAUACAAUGCGCCCCCUCACAGAAAAGGAGACACAGACUCUCUUCGAGAAGCUGGCAAACUACACUGGAGGCUCUCUUAAGAACCUCAUCGCCCCUCUCGACGACUCUCCCAACGCUGAUCGCUAUGUCUUCCGCCUGGUUCGCGAUCGUGUCUUUUACGUCCGCCUUUCCAUUGCCAACCUGGCUACUUCUAUUGCGCGCGAGAAGCUUCUGUCUCUAGGCACAUGUCUCGGCAAGUUCACCAAGACGGGCAAGUUCCGUCUGCACGUCACAGCCCUCCCCAUCAUCGCCGAGCACGCCCGCUACAAGAUCUGGGUCAAGGAGAACGGAACCAUGCCUUUCCUCUACGGCAGCAACAUCGUCAAGGCCCACGUUGGCCGUUGGUCCGAGGACUGCCCUGAGCACCAGGGAGUCGUGGUCUACAGCAUGAACGACACCCCGCUCGGAUUUGGUGUUACAGCCCGCAGCACCGCUGAGGCGCGAAGACUGGACCCUACUGGUAUUACCUGCUUCAGACAGGCCGAUUGUGGAGAGUACCUCCGUGACGAAGACAACUUGUUUGCGACCGGUUAGAGUGGAAGGCGGCUUUACUUCGUCUGGCGUUGGGGUCAUUUUUUAAGUCAUUCUUUGGCGUUGAGAGUGAAGGGAAAAAGAAACUUGCAAUCAAGUCAAUCAUGCUUGGAUUAUUUGGUGGAUUUGGUAGAUAUAAUCAUCGUCAUCAUCAUCAAAGCGCUGCAUAUGUUGAAAUGUAUUCGCUUGCCCCC